CUACCCUCCUUCAAGCUUCACAUCAAGCGACGUCAACGUAACGAAGAUUGGGCGGUCGGCAUUUCGUCAACACCCGCCGUUUUCUGGUCGCAUGACCUUCUCAUGCCGGCUCAACGCCGCCAUCGCUCGACAGUUGCUUGUCAGAGUUGCAGGCGACGGAAAGUGCGGUGCAGCGUUACCGUUACGGGGAUUCCAUGCUCGAACUGCACCCAAGAUCGCACCACAUGCACUAUACACGAGGGCAGUCAUGAGUUGCCCCGACAAGCUAAUCUGAUGGAAUCGCAAUUCCCUCACUCCGAGGAGCCCUCGAAUAGUGUCACUGUCAACGAAAGCUAUGUCUCUGGAAGAGAUGGUAUCCGGGCCUCUUCUUCGAGUCAUGCGAAUCGGGUCCACACUCCUCGUCAGCCAGUAUUGCUAGCAGUGAGCAAAAGUAUUGACGAUGGCUUCAAUCCAGCGCGACAGAGAGACUUGCACGAGGAGCAGAGCGGAGCCGAGCUUUCGCUCGCCGCAAGAACGAAAGGCGACUCGAACUCAGGCACACCGUUUUACACGGGAGAACAGCCAGGUGUCACGUCUCUUAUUGAUGUUCAUGAGCCUUUACCGAGGCAUAUCAUGCUAAAAUCAAACCCUCCCAGAGUUCUUUCCCAGGACGACCGAGACUUCCUCUAUCGCAAAGGUGCGCUGAGCUCUUUGCAAAUGUAUUCGCAUCAGGAACUUCUUCUAGCGUACUUUCACCACGUGCACCCUGGGCUACCAAUUCUGCAUCUUUCGAAACUGCUUGAGCUGAAGUCACCAGACGCAAUCCCAACCCACGGCAUGUUACUAUACUGGAGUAUGGCUGUAGUGGCAGUCAACUAUGUUCCUGAUGAUGUAUGGAGGACCGAGAACUUCACGUCUCGGAAGCAUAUGAAAGAUACGCUUUAUGAUCGUGCGAAGUGCAUGUACGAUAACUCAGGUGAGACUAACAAGGAAGUUUUGUUGCAAUCUGCGUUACUACUAUCUUUCUGGCAUUCGGAAUCAGACAGUCACUCGCAGCCGUGGUAUUGGAGCGGUGCUGCAAUCAAUUGGUGUCAAAUCAUAGGUCUACAUCGCGAUCCAGAUACUACCAGGUUGAAUCCUCAUGUUACGCCCGAGCGCCGAAACCUUUGGCGGCGACUGUGGGCUAGCUGCUUGUUUCGGGACCGCUGGCUGAGUCUUACACUGGGGAGACCCCUUCGAAUCCGUCUCAGCGACUGCGAUAUGCCAUAUCCAGUGUCGCAAGACGUCAUAAACGACCUAAGCAUGUUGCCAGUCAAUCUGCAGAAGCUCUGGGUGCCCAAGGGCUUUGAUGUCAUGGUCGAGCACUGGAUUCUGUUGAUCAGGCUCAGUAGACUACUGGGCGAAAUAUUGUCUCUGUUCUAUCAACAGCUGGGAAGGCUGCCAACAGUGUCACAGUUUGAUGCCCUAGAGUCUGAGCUGAGCGCUUUCGUCAUUCCUGAGCUCCACGACACUCACCGGAAUCCGUUGGCAACGUUCAGUUACUACAAUCUUCAGCUGCACCUCCAAGCGACCUUGAUCACACUGUAUCGCCCGUUCGUGUCGACAGUACCACAAGGUCUCCAUCACGGAGCGGAAGAAUCAUGGAGGGCUCGUGUACAUCGACGCCUGGAGACAGCGGCGACACAGGCAAAUGGAUUUGUGGACUGUAUCGCUCGUGAAGGACUGGUCGGCUUUGCAACUCCAAUGACUCCGCCACUUCUUGUGCCAGGCAUGCACGUCCACUUACUUGGCUGCAAAUCUGAUAAUCGCUUGACUCGUCGUCUGGCUUUCAACAAACUCGAGAUGUGCAUGACGAUCAUGCGAGAGCUACAGAAGACACACACUUCAGCCUCAUUAUUCUGCGGCAUCUUUGGCGAAGCAAUUCGACAGCUUAUGCCCGGACCAUUGGACGAGACUAUCUGGGGUGUCCCUCAAGUUCGACGACCCUCCACAUCGGGAACAACCGCGCCCGAGGACGCCCCAACCAUCAACAUCAAUGAGCUUGGUGCGCCAACAUUAGUUACUGACGAUCUUCUUGAGUCCCUGUUGAACGAAUCCUCGGUGUAUAAUUUUUGGGAGUCGAUGAAUAUGCCUGAUCAGGCGUUCAUUGACUACGGAAGGCAAUAGCCAUGAGAAAUUGUAUUGUUUGGGAUUGCGUCUGUGAUUUUCUCAAAACUCAUGUUCUAUGCGACACGGUAAUGGCACGACGCUUGAUCUCUCUUCAGCGUUACGAAGUGCAACAAAGACAUUGUUGAAACCCGGAAUCAAUUACAAAUUGGCCGCAUAUCAUGCUCAGAAGCCGAACGCCAGCAAAAUACCGUGUCGCCAAAUGCAAUGUGACCAGAACUCACAGUCCGAGCCUAACACUGACAUACAGCUUCCAUACCUGAUCUUCGUUGGAUGGCCACCUAUAUCGCCGUCAUUAUCGCGCAAUCUUCUCACACAUCAAGAGUGUACCCGUCGAACAUCGCGCCAUAGUAUUUGCGCCUGGUUUCCUGAUGGCUCCGAAUUUUUAUUCAUCAGCUGCGACUCGCCCCAAAUAUCAUACCUACUUUACAAGUUUGUAUGCAUAGUUUACUUUUAU